AUGCCGUUUUCAGUAAAUUACAAAUAUGAUGUGUAUAGUUUCGGAGCAAUGAUGUUCAAGAUUGUCAAAAUGAGGAGGAACUUUCUAGUUGAGAGGCAAGAUUGGUUUCCGAAACCAGUAUGGGAAAGUUUUAAAAAGGGAGAAUUGGAGGAGCUUUGGGACAAAUGCGAAAUUGAAGAUAAUGAUAGGGAAAAAGCCAAGAUAAUGUUAAUUGUGGCUUUAUGGUGCGUGCAAUACUUGUCGGAGGCUAAGCCUUCGAUGAGGAAUGUUGUGAAGAUAUUACUAGAAGGUGGAGAUGAAGCAGAUACACCUCGCAACCCAUUUCAGUACAUGGUUUCAUCGGCUAAUGUACAUUCAUACACCGGUAGCGACUCAAAUUCAACAACAAUAGAUUAUGACGAAGAUGAUAUUAUGAGAAAAUAUAAGAUUCACUAUGCAAUUUAUUAG